CUUCAAUUCUUUGGGUUUGAAAGAGGUAGCGGCAAUUUCUAGAGAGAGAAAGAGACAAGAAAAAGAGAUUGGAGAAAAAGAUAAGAAACUCUGCUAAAAAAAUUCGAAACUUUUCAGUUUCAGUUUUGAAUUUGAGAAGGUGGGUAUCCAUGGAUUAAAUUCGCAGACCUAAAUUUCAUUUCCAACACUAUCAGAUGAUGUUGUCGAGAAUGGAGGCUGGGAAGAAGGGUGGUGGGGGUUCUAGUAACCAGAAGAAAUUGUUAAAGGAUGUUGAAACCAUGAACAAAGCUUUGUACUUGGAUAGAACCUCUUCAAGGAGUUCAAUACCUAGUGCAAAUUCUAGAUCUAAAUUCACAGGGAAACCUCAGUUGCCUGAUCCCAAAUCCAAGUCUAAAGCCAGUGGUGAUAAUAAUAGUGAGAAUGUUCAGAAGGAUAAGAAGUCCAUAUGGAAUUGGAGGCCACUAAGGGCACUCUCGCACAUCCGAAAUAAGAGGUUCAAUUGUAGUUUUUAUCUCCAAGUUCAUUUGAUUGAGGGGUUGCCUCCGAGUUUUGAUGAUGCUAGCCUUGCUGUGUACUGGAAGAGGCGCGAUGGGGUUCUUGUGACCCAGCCGGCCAAGGUGGUUCAGCGUGUGGCUGAAUUUGAGGAGAAGUUGACCUACACUUGCUCGGUGUAUGGAAGCAGGAGCGGACCUCACCAUUCUGCAAAGUAUGAAGCAAAGCAUUUUUUGCUCUAUGCUUCACUUCUCAGUGUGCCAGAGAUGGAUUUGGGGAAGCACCGGGUGGAUCUGACAAGGUUGCUUCCUCUCACUCUGGAGGAGCUUGAGGAGGAGAAGAGCUCGGGGAAGUGGACUACUAGUUUUCGAUUAACGGGAGUGGCUAAGGGUGCUGCGAUGAAUGUCAGUUUUGGGUAUACGGUGGUUGGUGAUAAUGCUAGUGCUACCAGAGACAGCCUUCCUAAAGCAUUGACCUCCAGGCAGCAUAGUUUUGCUCCGACUCCGACAAAGUUAGAUGUUAAACCCAGACAGUUUGAUGGAAGCAGCAAGAUGAGACGGGCCACAAGUUUGCAAUACUCAUCUCAAGCUGCAGAUGAGGUGAAGGAUCUUCAUGAGGUAUUGCCAUUAACUAAGUCAGCAUUAGCCAGCUCAAUAGACGUCUUAUAUACGAAAUUGGAUGAAGAAAAGGCUUGUAGUCCUCUGGAUGAUGAGGCAGAACUUGAUUCCUUCAAUCUUGGGCCAAUCAAGCCAGAUGCCUAUGCUUCUGAUCUAGGAAAAGAAAGGCUUGAAGAGCAUGCAACUAAGGAUGAAAAUACAUGUCCAGUGGAUGACAAACCUGAACCCUACGUAUUUCAAGAAAAGCUGGAGACAGUUAAACCAGAUGGCUAUUCUUUACCAGAUUUUGAAAAUGAAAACCCCGAACAUUGUCUUGAUAAUGAUUUUUUUGUUGUUGAUAAGGGCAUAGAACUUUCAUCAAACGAAUCUGUUAAACUAGAGGAAUCCAUCAUAAAGGCUCCUGACGAUGCUUCUACAGUUGAUAGUGCCAGUACCCUUGGUAUAUCAGGUAUACAAAUAUCUUCUGAAGAUAGUGUUAAGCAUGAUUUUCUGGAUGAUGCAAAUGAUAGUUCUAAGGAUCAAGCAGUGGUAGAGGAAUUUGCUAGCAUAAAGGCUCCUGAGGAUGCUUCUACAGUUGAUGCUUCCUGUACCCUUGGUAUAUCAGGUAUACAUGUAUCUUCUGAAGAUAGUGUUAAACACGAUUUUCUGGAUGAGGCAAAUGGCUUGGACACUAAUGAGCUGCUCAUGCAAGAACUAGAAUCUGCUUUAAAUAGUGUCUCAAAUUUGGAGAGAGUGGCACUAGAAUCUCCUAAAACUGUAGAAGCGAAAUUGGAAUUUAAAAUGACAAAGUCACAUAGCUUGGAUGAUGUUACAGCAUCUGUUGCCACUGAAUUUUUAAGCAUGUUAGGCUUAGACCAUAGUCAAAUGGGCUUGAGUUCUGAAAGCGAGCCCGAGUCUCCAAGAGAGCUACUUUUAAGACAAUUUGAGAAGGAGGCUCUGAAUGGGGGCUUCUCUUCUUUGUUCGAUUUUGACAUGAACUAUGAUAAUGAAGCAGAUGGUGGCUAUGAUGCUUCUGCUGCUUCUGAGCAGUGGAACUUUUCUGAAGGUGUCAAGUCGUCAUCCUUCUUGCAAGAUGAUCUGCAGGAGGAGCAUCCAGUUGAGUCUCAGGAUGUGAGGAGCAAACAGAGGGCUCAAAUGCUAGAAGACUUGGAAACAGAAGCCUUGAUGCGUGAAUGGGGUUUGAAUGAGAAGGCUUUUCAUCAUUCUCCACCAAAAGAUUUUGCCGGUUUUGGAAGUCCAAUUCAUUUACCACCUGAAGAGCCUCCCACAUUGCCUCCACUUGAUGAUGGGUUGGGCCCUUUUCUUCAGACAAAAGACGGGGGUUUUCUACGCUCUAUGAAUCCCUCAAUUUUCAAGAAUUCUAAAAGUGGUGGGAGCUUAAUCAUGCAGGUAUCCAACCCUGUUGUGGUACCUGCAGAAAUGGGUUCUGGGAUAAUGGAGGUUUUGCAGUGUUUGGCUUCAGUGGGUAUUGAAAAGCUCUCAAUGCAGGCAAAGGAGUUAAUGCCACUGGAAGAUAUCACAGGGAAGACAAUGCAACAAAUAGCAUGGGAAGCUAUGCCUGUCUUAGAGGGUGCAGAGAGGCAAUGCCAUUUGCAGCAUGAUCCAAUAACAUGGCCAGACAGUGCUUAUGUGCAAAGGGACUUGAAAGGAAUGCCAUCUAAACAAAAGUCUGGCAAGUUUAGUUCAAGAACAGUGGCCAACCAAACAGGCUCAGAGUUUGUUUCAGUAGAAGACCUUGCUCCAUUGGCUAUGGAUAAAAUUGAAGCACUUUCAAUGGAGGGUUUGAGAAUCCAAUCUGGGAUGUCAGAAGAGGAAGCACCGUCAAACAUCAUUGCUCAGUCCAUUGGAGAUAUUUCAGCUCUCCAAGGCAAGGGGGUUGAUGUUAGUGGGUCCCUUGGCCUGGAUGGAGCUGCUGGUUUGCAGUUGAUGGAUGUAAAGGACAGUGAUGAUGGUGGUGAUGGUGUUGAUGGGAUAAUGAGCCUAUCAUUAACUCUUGAUGAAUGGAUGAAGCUGGAUUCUGGUGAGAUUGAUGAUAUAGAUAAUAUCAGUGAGCACACUUCCAAACUUCUUGCAGCCCAUCAUGCCAACUCUUUUGACUUCAUUCGUGGGAGUUCAAAGGGAGAGAAGAGACGAGGCAAAAGCAGAAGAUGUGGUUUGCUAGGAAACAAUUUCACAGUAGCAUUAAUGGUGCAACUCCGUGAUCCUCUGAGAAACUAUGAGCCGGUUGGAACACCAAUGCUUGCUCUUAUACAAGUUGAGAGAGAGUUCAUGCUUCCAAAGCAAAGAAUUUUCGACAGUGUGUCUGAGAUUAGGAAAAACUAUGAUGAGGAUGACGAGAGCGAAAUAGUAGCAAAGGUGGAAAUGAAGGACACUGAGAAAGAGGAGAAAAGUUCUGAGGAGGACGAGGGCAUUCCUCAGUUCAGAAUCACUGAAGUCCAUGUGGCAGGUCUAAAGCCUGAGCCUCAGAAAAAGAAGCUCUGGGGCACUUCAAGCCAGCAACAGUCUGGUUCUCGCUGGUUGCUCGCUAAUGGAAUGGGGAAGAGCAAUAAUAAGCUUUCACUAAUGAAGUCAAAGGCUGCAUCAAAAUCUAAUGCUCCAGUUACCACAAAGGGGCAACCUGGUGGUGACUCCUUGUGGAGCAUAUCAUCUCGUAUUGAUGGCGCUCGAGGAAAAUGGAAGGAGUUGGCAGCACUAAAUCCACAUAUAAGAAACCCCAAUGUCAUUAUACCAAAUUGAAGUCCACAAGUAAGAUUUUUGUUAUCUUUUGGAGUUAAUUUCAUCAAGCCAUGUGAUUCGGAGCUCCUUGUCACUCAGGAACCUGUGCUAGGGCAUUGUUUGGUCUUGUUAUAGCAUCAAUGAAAUUGGACUGAUCCUUUAAUAAUUGCAAAGUACCAGAUACAGAGAGAACAUGGUGGAUUUUGUGUAUUUUGCUCUAGGCACAUUUUUCUUUUGUAAAGUCACUUGUAACUUUUGCAUGCGUCUGUUGUAUUUAUGUCCUCUGGAAGCAGUGUUAGUAUGUUAGAUGGGGUAAAUUAUAUUGCAGUCCACAAAUAGGUGGACUAUUCUUGCAGAAAAUAUUAAUUAUAUUGCAAGUGCAAAUUUAAGCUGCACACUUGUGGUCUCAUCCAUUUGAUAAAAUGUUUUCUGUUUGGUUGAUUUU